UGCAUUCAGUUGUAGCCCAUCAUUCCCUCGGCGCACGUCGCACUGAUCGCCUCGCAGUACUCCUGGUACAACCGUCCGACCGACCGACCGACCAAGCAACCAAACAACCAAUCGCCGUUUCAUUAAACAUUUUCAAGUAGUUUUCGAAAACGGAACGAACAACAACAACUAAAAACGAAAAAACAACGCAAUAAGUUUUCCGAUAUUACGAGUUCCACACUGCAUCUAAAUCGGCUUUUCCCUUCGUUACCCUCACUCGUGUUGUUUUUUUUUUUUGCGUAUUUGUGUGUGAAAUAGAACAUAAAUUAGAAAACAAAGAUACUGUAAACAAACCCCAAAAAAGAAAUAAUAUAUACACAAAAUGGGUCGUCUGUUUCAAUAUAAUCGUUUUGGCGCCACGGAUAAUGUCAACAAACGCAAAAAGGAUACACCGAACAAAAACAAGAUGUUAAGACAGGCCAUCAAAUGUCCCGACUAUGCCGACAUUUAUGGCGAAUACCAGAAAAAGCAGCCGCUGAUGGAAAAACUCGAGUUUCCCACUUUGUCUGUGGCAACAACAACACCAGCAGCAACAACAACAGCAGCAGCAGCAGCAGAGGCACAGCUGAGCCGCACUCAUAAGGUUUAUGAUAGCAUGAAGAACUUUUUGCAACGCAAACUAUUUGCAACUUCUACACAAAAAGAUGACUCUAGACAUCAGCUUCAUGCUGAAGAGCCGACAAGUGACUAUGAUGAGCAAGACCUGCUUGACUCUUCCUAUCAAGCUGAUUUAGAGGAAGAUGAUCAGGAGGAUCAAGAUGCCGAUUGCAGUUGUAGCAGCAGCAGUUCAACUUCAACAUCCACAUCAUCAUCGUCAGCGCAAACCUCGCCGAAACGUUCGCCGCAAAAGUCCUUGCUCUCACUUAAUUGCUGGCAAAGUAGCCAGCCUAGUGAUUCGAGUGAGAACAGCAGCCGCGAAGAGGAUGAUGAGGGAAAUCAAGAUGAUACCGAUGCGGGUAUAUCCGAUUGUUGUCAGCUCUUAAAUGACACCAGCUUAAGCAAACGUCGUCCAACACCCACCAAGAAACGUUCGAAAAUUCGCUACAAUCACAACAAUACCGACGAUGAGGAUGACGAAGAGCCUGAAUUACUCGAGUGCUCGUGGUAUCAGCCACGUAUUAGUUCAAAGGCCGCUCAAGAGCAUCUAAUGUCUGCCAAGCCCGGUAGUUUUCUACUCAGACGUAGUACACCCCGACAUUUUGAGUUGUGUUUGCGUUUAGAUCGCAAGGUCAAGAACUUUGCCAUCCAAAAUACACGCAAUCAAAUGUUUUGCCUAAAGGGUGCCAAAAAACAAUUCACCACACUCAAAGCACUAAUAACACAUCAUUCGGUAAUGGCCGAACAAUUGCCCAUGAUUCUGGAUAUGCCACGAGAGCGACAUAUAGUCAAAUCAUCAGCCAUACGAUAUGCAGAUGAUUUUGAACCGCUGGAGUCGCUGCAAUUGCUGGGCAUACUGAAAAGUCUUCAGGCUAAGAAUUUCGAAAUUUAAAAGCGAUAACAACAAAAAGGAAACCAAUUUAAAAUAGAUGAGGAGGAGACAAGGAAAAAAUUCAAAUUCAAACUUUUAUCGGCACUGCAAAGGGAACGAUAGGUGAAAUAUAUUAUACACAUAUUAUAUAUCCACAUAUAUAUGUACAUAAAUUAAGAUUUUGUGAUAUAUAUAUUAGGUUGAGCCAGUUUAAGUAAUUUUAAGUAUUUACUUUAAGU